GUUAUAUCUAGAAAAAUAAGACGCGCGUGAAGAAAAAUUUGUCGAUUAAAUGGAGAAACAUCUCGAGGCUGAUAGAAAUAACCCAAUUCACGUACAUGAGUACAUAUCUCGCGUAAUUCUUACAACGCAGUAUCGUAAAACGCGCGUGACUGUUGUCAUGUUGAUUAAUGUCCUGCAAGAUACUAAUUAUUGUAUUCUAAUACGUGUAACAUAAAUAAUUACAUUUAUGCGUGCGAUUACAUGCUAUUAUUAUGAAGGAACAAGAGACGACAAGAAGGUUCCCGAGAGGGAGUGAGUACUAUUUAUAAUUGAUUUAACUUCUUAUUUGUGUGUACGUUAUUUUCGCAAUAUCAAUUGCGUUUAUUUUCGUGAUAUAAUUUACUCCGCAUGUGCGUAAAAUAAGGAAUAUUUAUCGGUUAAUAAGAAAGAAUUUUAGCAAUCACAUUUUAUAAUCAUGGCAAAUAUUAUAUAAAUAUUAUCAAUUGAUAUUAAUAAAAAGAAAACAAUAUUAUUAAUAGAUAUUAAUAUAAAUAUCUUUCGAGAGUCGUACGUGUUGGCAAUUUACUAUUUAUAUACGAUGAUCCUAUCGAUUUGACAUGAAUUUCAGGGAACCGUAGAGAUUACACCAUAUCGAUAUAUAUUUCUCAACGCGCGAUUUUUCAAGUAAUUAUAAUAAGAAUGAUCAAUGCUUCUCAGAAUAACGCACGAAACGAUCGAACGAUUAUCUAUAUAACAAAAUCGCGGGGGUCUUUUUUUUAAGUUUUUAUUAUCUCAGUGUUCCGUCGAAUAGCCGAUUAUUAUUGACGAUGUGUACUGACUUUGCGAGAUUACAAGAUCAUGGGGUCAAUUCUAAUCUGUCUGUUAGUGAAAAAAAAAAAAAUGCAAAGCGCAUUCUAUAUAAGAGAGGAUUUUGCCGGACAAUGUUUCGACAGUAAAAUCGAAAGACGGAAAAUUGCAGCGGGUUGCGAUUUCUGGCGGGUUGCUUUUUGCUUAUAUACGCUAACAUAUAGCACACAACAGUGUUGAUUUAAAAGCGUGUACGACAAAAAUGUUGCCACUCAAAGAAACACUUUCUCUCAUGCAGAAUAGCAAUGAGUAUUCGCUUAAUAGUUCGAAAAGAGAAUCGUCGUGUUUCGCAAUAGACGUGCAGCCGAAUCUCACCGUUUAUCAGAAUGAAAAAAGUAUACAGAUAAAUACGAAUUAAGUAAUUACAUGAUUACGGCAAGCUGUUUACAUGCAUCGAGAUAAUGCAUUGCAUCACGGAACGAAAAAAAAUUUAAUGUCAAGAAAGAUAAAUUAGAAAGAGAGAAAUAAAAAAAAAAUAAACUAUAAUAAAUAAAUCUAAAUGGAAUUUGUGUUUAGGGACGACUAUGAAUUAGGCGCUUAUGGUUACGGUAAGAAUAACAUCAAGUUGUUGUAUGUGCGCCGGGACGAUGCGUUACAUCACGAAAUUCGCGAAUACGAAGUGGACACGCACUUGCGUCUAAUCUCUCAGAAGGAUUAUAAGGAUGGUGACAAUCACGACAUCAUCGCGACGGACAGCCAGAAGAACACGGUUUAUCUCAUGGCGAAGAAAUACGGCAUUCGAUCCCCCGAAGAAUUCGCUCUUCUCAUUUGCUCUCACUUUCUCUACACGUAUGAGCACAUAGCGGAAGUCAGUAUCUACGUCGAGGAGUAUCCGUGGACUAGACAUUACGUUGACAAAGUACCUCAUAAUCACGCCUUCGUCAUGAGCCCCACCGCGACGCGAUUUUGUCAAGUCAGCCAGCUCAAAAAUGAAUCACCACUAAUUCGCGGUGGAUUGAAGGGACUGCGAGUAUUGAAGACCACACAGAGCUCGUUCACGGAUUUCAUUCAAGAUGAGUACAGGACGUUACCGGAUAUGAACGAUCGUAUUUUCAGUACUGUCGUAACGGCUACCUGGGAAUUCUCCACUGCUACCGGUGUAGAUUUUGAUAACGUGUGGUACACAGUGAGGGAUUCUAUCAUGGAAAAUUUUGCGGGUCCUCCGGACACGGGGAUUUACUCGCCCAGUGUGCAAAAUACGCUUUACCUCGCGGAAAAGUCUAUACUUAAUAAAGUCAAGCAAAUUCAGAGCAUCCAGAUGCAAAUGCCGAACAAGCAUUAUUUCGAUAUGGAUUUCAGCAAAUUCUCCAAACUCGUACAAGGACAAAACAGAGAGGUUUACCUACCCGUGGAUAAGCCGUCGGGUAUUAUUUACGCUCAAUUAAACAGAAAAACUUUCUCUGCCAGAUUAUAACCACACAUGAUAUUAAGUGUCUUCUAUAACAGAUACGAAUAUUAAAUAUAAUAAUAUUACAUUUGAAAGCUAAAA